ACAAUUAAAGUUGAGAUUGAAGAAGUCGGUUGGGUGGAUAGGAAAUAUCUUCAUAAUUUUAUCAUUUUAGACUUAUUAAGUUAUUCAAUUAGUGAAAAGACCUCAGCCUUGAAAAAUGAAGCUCAACUGCAAAUUCAACAUCUUCAAGUUCCCCAAAGGCGAUGAGUUCUACCAAUGCAAGGUCCUCAAAAUUGACCAAGAAAUCCACCAACUUGAAGAGCUCGAAUUUAUUGGCCAGCAUCUUCCUGAAAAGUCCAACUCAGAUGUGACUUUUGUUGAGUUCUGCGACACCAACUGCCCGAAAGUUCCACAAGGAUUGACAAAAAUCUUCCCAAACUUAAAAGCUCUUGGAUUUUACAACUCAAAGUUGAAGGAAUUGAGCACGGCUGACUUGGCUGAGUACAAAAGUUUAGUGAAAUUCAUCAGCAACAGAAAUUUAAUUGACUUCCUGCCUGGUGACUUGUUUGAAGGCUUUAAAGACCUAAAACACAUCGAUUUGUAUGACAAUAAAUUGGGAAUAAUUGAACCAAACUUGCUGGACAGCUUUGAUGACUUGGAAUAUGUGAGCUUUAUUGGCAAUCCACAAUAUGCCACCAGCUAUGACAAAAGUGCUCAUUACCUUCAAUACACAACCUUAAAUGACGUCAAAAAUCACCUUUUUGAAAGAUUUUUUCACCUCAAAUUUGAAAUUUUCUCAGAUUUUGUCAAAAAGUAUCCCGAACCGGAGCAGAUCCUCAAAUUUUAUGGACAAAAGGCUUUAAACUAUUACACAAGAAUGAGCACUUUAGACACCAAAUACCGACUUUAUGAUGAAUUGAGGCAACAAGGAAUUGAAGAAUUCGAGGAGAUUGACAAAAAAUUGCGAGAAAAAUGUGUAAAUUUGGAAGAUUCAAAUUUAGAAUUGAGUGAAAAGUUGGAGGCAUUGGAACAUUCAAAGUUAAAAAUGGAUGAGAAAAUUGAAAAGUUAAAAAUUGAGUUACAAAAUGAAAAGCAAGAAAAAGUCAAAUUAAAUAAGAAUUUACAAAAACAAAUCGAUAGUUUGGCUCAAAAAAUUCAAUCUGCUUUGCUGGUUAAUUUUGAAAAAUAAAACUUUAAAAAAUGUGAAAAUUUGAUUAUCUUUAAAUUGAAAAAC